AAAAUGAAGGAACUUACUGUAACCAGGGCGCAUUAUGUAGUUGGAGUUCCCUUUGUGAACUCCCACACAGACAUUAAAGUCAGUCCAAUGCUUUAAUCACCGCGCACACAGAGAGAUAUCGCUGCCGGCUUCCUCUCACUUGCAACCUGAAAAGAUUUCAUCAAGUCGCCGGGUAGAGACAGAGCAGAGCCAUGGCAGGGGACGGGUCAGAGCAGCGGGCGCUGCAGUAUGAACAAACUCUGAUGUAUGGGCGAUACACCCAGGAACUCGGGGAGUACGCCAAAGAGGAGGCCGCACGGCUGAGAGAGAGUGGGCAGAGGCGAUCGCUCAGCGAACGAAGCCGGACCCUGGACCUGCUGGAGUACGAAAAGGGACGCUGUGCCAAGUGUCGCAUCUGCACGGUUCGCUGUCAGAAGUUCCUGAUCUCGCGGGUCGGGGAGGACUGGAUCUUCCUCAUCCUGCUGGGACUCCUCAUGGCCCUGGUCAGCUGGGUGAUGGACUUCUGCAUCGCCAUCUGUCUACAAGCACAGAAGUGGAUGUACGGAGGUCUGGACAGCAACGUAUUUCUGCAGUAUCUGGCCUGGGUCACCUACCCCGUAGUCCUCAUUACCUUCUCUGCCGGCUUCACCCAGAUUCUUGCCCCCCAGGCUGUCGGUUCAGGUAUUCCAGAGAUGAAGACCAUCCUGAGGGGAGUUGUGCUGAAAGAAUACCUCACCUUUAAAACGUUUGUGGCCAAAGUCAUCGGCCUCACCUGCGCUCUGGGCAGCGGCAUGCCCCUGGGCAAGGAGGGUCCGUUCGUGCACAUUGCCAGUUUGUGUGCUGCUCUCCUCAGCAAGUUCAUGUCUCUGUUUGGAGGAAUCUAUGAAAAUGAGUCGAGAAACAUUGAGAUGCUGGCAGCAGCCUGUGCUGUGGGAGUGGGCUGCUGUUUUGCUGCCCCCAUAGGAGGUGUGUUGUUCAGUAUCGAAGUAACGUCCACGUUCUUUGCGGUGAGGAACUAUUGGAGAGGUUUCUUUGCUGCUACCUUCAGUGCCUUCAUCUUCAGAGUACUGGCUGUUUGGAACAGAGACGAGGAGACCAUCACAGCCCUUUUUAAAACCAGUUUCCGGCUAGACUUUCCCUUUGACCUCCAGGAGCUUCCUGCCUUCGCCGUCAUUGGCAUUGCCAGUGGUUUCGGUGGGGCUUUGUUUGUCUACCUGAACCGACUGAUUGUCCAGUUCAUCAGGAAACAGAAGGCCAUCAACAGAUUCCUCAUGAAAAAACGUCUGCUGUACCCCGCACUGGUCACUUUACUUGUUUCCACACUAACAUUUCCCCCUGGCUUUGGACAGUUUAUGGCUGGCAAGCUGACCCAGAAGGAGUCUCUGGUGACAUUGCUGGACAACCGGACGUGGGCCAAACAGGGCAUCGCUGAGGAGUUUGACUACAUCGGACACUCUCAGGCCUGGAAACACCCACAGGUCAACGUCUUCAUCACCCUGGUCCUCUUCAUCGUCAUGAAGUUCUGGAUGUCUGCCCUGGCCACCACCAUCCCAGUGCCCUGCGGAGCCUUCAUGCCAGUAUUUGUCAUUGGGGCAGCCUUCGGUCGGCUGGUUGGAGAAAGCAUGGCAGCCUGGUUCCCAGAUGGCAUUCACACAGAUGGCACCAUCUACCCCAUAGUGCCGGGAGGCUACGCUGUCGUGGGUGCGGCGGCCUUGUCGGGAGCGGUCACCCACACUGUUUCCACCGCAGUCAUCGUGUUCGAGCUGACUGGCCAGAUCUCCCACAUCCUGCCGGUGAUGAUAGCAGUGAUCCUGGCCAACGCCGUGGCCCAGUCCCUGCAGCCCUCCCUCUACGACUCCAUCAUCAGGAUCAAGAAGCUGCCCUACCUCCCCGAGCUGGGCUGGGGACACCAUGAAAAAUAUAAUAUUCGCGUAGAAGACAUCAUGGUGCGGGAUGUGCGGUACAUCACACUCAACUGCUGCUACAGAGACCUGCAUAACGUCCUGCUGACGGGCCACCUGAAGACUCUGGCACUGGUGGAAUCAGCUGAGUCCAUGAUCCUGCUGGGCUCCAUCGAGCGUGCCCAGCUCCAGUCACUGCUCUCUCAGCAGCUCGGACGCCCCAGACGGCUAGAGUACAUCAGGGAGCGAUCCAUCGCAGAGAAGAAACGCAUGUCGGUCGUGUCAAACCCGGUCAGUGAGGACAGCAGCCAGCGGGUCAGUCAGGAGGUCCGCUUCCAGAUCUCCACUGAGGAGUCAACCUUCAGUCCUGUCCGUGCAGUUCCUCAGAAGCCCCUCAAACCUGCACUGAAGAGAACCUCUAUGGUGGAGCGACACACUGAGAUCCCUGCCAGCCCAAAUGAUAAUUCAGGCAUUGCUUUAAAGAACCUGUUCUGCGCCAGUCCAGACACAGAAGCCCUGGAGGACGACGGAGAUGUGGAGGAUGACAUGACUAUUAGAGAGAUUACAGAGUGGGAGGAGAUGCAGCUUGAUGAGCAGGUCAACUUCAACAACUGCAAGAUCGACCCCGCUCCGUUCCAACUGGUGGAGCGCACAUCGCUCCAUAAGACCCACACCAUCUUCUCCCUGCUGGGCCUUGACCAUGCCUAUGUCACCAGCAUCGGACGCCUCAUCGGGGUGGUUUCCCUCAAAGAGCUUCGCAAGGCCAUCGAGGGCUCCGUGACAGUGAAAGGUGUGAAGGUGCGUCCUCCUCUGGCCAGUUUCCGGGACAGCGGCACCAGCAGCAGCGAGAACGAAGCCACUGAGCUCCACAAGCUGUGGGAUCGCCACAAGAGCAUGUCGUUGCCCCGCGAACGCCACCCCUCUGAGUCCGACGAGAAAUCCCAGUGAGAGAAAGUAGAGGAGGUGGAGGAAGAAGAAAAGAAGAGGGAGGCAUUGAGAUAUUUAAUCCCCCAAAGCCACAAACUAGGAAAAAUCCUCAGGGCUUAGGAACAAUAUUUAAUUCUGGAAAGAGUUCUACUGCUACGCCAGCCUCUUUAUAACUCCUCAUUUCUCUCCUCAUCUACUCCUCUUUCUCUCCACCAUCCACUUUCCUUCACGGACCCACCAGCGCUUUGUCCAGGAGUCUUGCACUGACCAAGCCAGACACUCCAAGAGGGAGUGGAACACAACUCAACCUGUGCCCUGCUCUCCAUUUACCCUUGGGAACCCACAGCAAAGUGAAUGUGGAUUGGGGGGCGGGCAAGUGUGUCGAAUCCAACUAGGGACUGGGAAUGGGUUGAAAUCUUAAAAAAGGGAUUUUUAACAUCCUUUGUUUUGUUUGUCUACUUUAGAGUUGGGAUCAAAUUUUGGACCUGGAAAAGUUAUCUUUUGAACAAGUCUUCCACUCGGGUAGAGAAAUUCAGCAGAGAUAAGAGUAAUGUAGGCGUGUACUGUAAGUGUGAGUGUACGAAAUGAGAAAAUGUGAGUGUGCCUGAAGAGGACGUUAGCAAACAUUUCUUCAACAAUUUUUUACUGCCUUUACAACAUUUUUCAGUCUUUCUUUUCCAGCUUGAAUAAUUAUAUUUCUGACUGAUCAGGUGGUCUGGGUUUAACUGGAAUUUGCAUGGUACCAUUUCUUUGUAAAUUACACUUAAGUUUGUCCCAUUGACAAGCAUUGGACUGAGGCGACAGAUGCCUUGAUUUUCUGCUUUUUCUUGAUUCCAUUAUUUAUUCUUUCCUUGGUCUUCACAUCUCUUCACUGCAAGUCUAAAUGGUCCAGUUGAAAGUACAGUCUAUGCAAGCAUAUAUGCCUGUUGGCAGUGGCGGACGCAUCUGUAGCUCUCUCCAUAAUGUACACUCCUUUCAUACCGUAGCUACGGCCUUACAUUACAAAGACACAUGGAAAUACACACAAACAGAAGUCAGCGAUGCACUCAGAGUCAAGGUUUUCUGCUUAUCUAAAUAUAGCUCUUAAUAACUGUUCCAGAGAAGGUAGGGGCGGAUGGAGAGGGCAGGAAGCGAGGGAGAGACGAGGAACAGGGAGCAAAUGGAUGGCUGAAAGAAUGGAGACCUCAUUACCUAACCAGCUGCUCUGGGCCCUCUCAUCAAUCUGUCUUUGAUUUCCAUGUUAGCUAACCUCCAGUGCUAUCAGAGACACAGAAGCCACCCAACAGCUAUAUGAGGUAAUGGUUCAGGGCUGAGGCAGACACUGUUAAAGUUAACGUAUACAGAAACAGAUGAGCAGAAUGAGCUUGAUUAAUGCAGGCCAGUAGCUUGAGUGAAAAGAAUGAUUAGUCGAUAUAAAUCCGUUAAAGGAAAUCCAUAACUGACAGAUAGUGAGCAGUUCAUGAUAUAGUUUAACCAUUUAUAAUGCACCUCCUUUACCAGCACCACUCCAAAUCAUCACUAACUUAUCUCUCCAGCUACCAACCCAAUGUGGUUGAACUUGGAACUUGGUCUAUUAAUGUUUUAAUGACAGCAUGGUUUCACAUUCAGGAAGCACUCUAACAUGGCUGAUAAUGUAUACGUACUGUGUAUUUAAUAAUUAAUUUCUGCCGUAAUGCUUGAGGCUUGUCUGUACGCUCUCUGCUCAUCGACAAAAAAAAAAACAUUGAUUUGUUUUCCCUCUCUUCCAUACCUCCAUCUUUGCCACUUCCGCCUCCAUUUUUUACUUAGGUGGGCUACUGACCCCAAAUUUGUGCUUUUAUGUUUUAUUUACUUUUUUGGGGGGGGGACCAGACAAGGAUGUCUACUACUACCUACAGAAAUAGCUCUGCUGUUUGGAGGCCUUAAAUAUGUACUCAUACCCAAUUUCAUUGUGGUCUUCAGCAUUUGCAUGUGUUUUAUUUUUGGUGGUGUCUUGCUGCGCUCCACUGAAAGUAAAAUGAACACAGUAAAACAGCAUGGCUUUGCAUGACAGAGUGCAUGUGAGCUUUGUUUUAGAUGACAGGAUGUUACCAAAAACAAAAGCUUGAAGGAAAUGAAUAUGGGACGAGUGAAUGAUGUUGUGUCUUAGGGCCAUCUGGUGCCUGUUUGUUAUGUGUCUUUACAAUAUCUUAUUUUAUACUUAUAGAUUAGAUCAGAUUAUUGGCAUCUUUCAUUCAUCCAAUGAGCUUUAUUCAUUGCCUGAUUUUGAACUGGGAAUGGGGCCUUUGGGUUAGCAAAGUUAUGCUUACAGAUUAAUAUAUUUAACAUUAUUACUGUAAUAUAAAAUCAUAAUUUAAUGUCUUAACCAAUCUUAAAUUGUAGACUAUUCUCUUUUUGAAAGAGAUGUUUUAUAAUGUUUGUUGUGUUUUGUUUUUCACCUUUAAAAUUAAUGCUGUGUUUUUAUGUUGUCCUUUGACAUGCUGUCAUUUCUUCAAAGACAUUUGUAAAGUGCAAAUAACACUAACUGGGCAAAGGCUCACAAUGGCUGCCUGAAGCAUUGAAGCAUACAAGUGUAGGAAAGUUAAUGUAGAAGGGACAAGCAUGUGGUCUGUUGGUGACAUGUUCAUUCCACAAGUGCCUGCAUCAACUCCUCCUCUUUAUCAAUAAGCAAUCGACACCUAAGUGUUUGGAUCUGUUAUUUCUAGUCGUACGUAUGUAGACGAGGCACUUUUCACACACAUAUACACAAAUAUGUAAGCAGGGUGGGUGAUGUGUCGGCGCGGUGUGCAAUAAUAACCAUGGCAACCUGCUGUCGUCGUCCCCCCCCCCCCCCCAUCUGCUCACCCCAGGGACUAACUGAGAUCCACUCGCCUGAUUUGGUUCUGUUCAUUUGUUUGUGCUUUUCAUCGAUUUUCAUUAUUCUGCCUCUUGCCAGAGCUCUCGCCUCCCCGUAAAUUUCAGAAUUUUUCAUCUCAUUUGCUACCAGACAGAUAUAGACAGAGGUAGAUGCAUAUUUAUUAGUCUGUAUUAAUCAAAGUAGAAGUUGUAAAAUCGUCUCAUUCUUUUUAUGGAAGAUCUAUUUGUAGGUAAUCAAUUUGUGCAAUAACGGUUGUUCAUCUCACUUUGUAACCCAGUUUUAAUUGAUGACAUGAAUGCAAGAUAACCUUAUUUUUGUAAAGAAACCUGAAAAGUGUAAAAAGAUGUAUGUAUAUGAGGAGAACUGACGCUCACACAGGCGCUUGUGUGUGAUAAAGUGAUGUUUGAAUGACAGGGGAAUGAAGGGGAACAUUUUCCUAAAAGCCUCAAUAAAAGAUAUCAGAAUCUCACUACAAUCAGCAUUAUGAUGUUUAAGGACACUGUUUACACCUUUAGGUGUUGUUUGGCCUUUGAUCAAGAAUAGUAGUUGCUUAGACUCCUCAUUUAGGCUUUGGAAAACCUUCCCUGUCUGGUCUUUAAAGGUUCUCUAGUGAAUACUGCUGCAUGGGCUGUAGCUGGCGCUCUCAUACAAGCCCCCACUUUAGCACUGAUGCGGUCAGUUUUAUCAUGCUCCUCUGUCCUCUCCUUCAGUCUGAGGGGCUUUGAUAAGACCUGAUCCUCGCAUCAGCUGUUGAGGGUUAUCUUUUAUCCACUCCUUGGGGACUGUAAAUUGUGCAUACUGGAGGCCUCCACUACGGCAAACCCUGAGGGUCAAACCAGACAGAGCUGAACAAAAUCCAGAGCUAUUUUUCACACAGAAAAAUGAAACAUUGUUUUGUAUAUCAGGGAUGAAUAAAUGAGAUUUUAACAAACAA